AUGUCGACGACACGGUUUUUAGCAACUUCUCUUGUAAAUGCCACAUCACGCAGAUCACUGUCUCUUAUGGUGCGAAGGUCGCGAUUCUCUCUCGCACCACAACGUGGUCUUAUCAGUAUGAUCGAUAAGCAACAAUGCCGGCAGAUCACUGACUACUCGGCCAAAGACAGUCGCAUCAAUUCGAGGAAACUUCGAAAGCACGACGGAUCAAACAUGGAUGGAGCCGCAAUUACAGCCGCUGCCCUUAAAUCGCAGGGCGUCGAAUACAUGUUUGGAGUCGUUGGAUUCCCAGUAAUUGAAGUUGGAAUGGCUGCUCAGGCUCACGGAAUCAAGUACAUCGGGUGUAGAAAUGAGCAAGCGGCCGCCUAUGCCGCUCAAGCAAUGGGAUAUCUUACUGGAAAACCAGUAGCUCUUCUCGUUGUAUCUGGUCCAGGAGUUCUUCAUGCUAUCGGAGGACUUGCCAAUGCUACUGUUAACUGCUGGCCAGUCGUCUGUAUUGGAGGAACCGCUGAUGUUGAUCUCGAGAAUCGGGGAGCAUUCCAAGAGUGGAGCCAACAAGAAUCCGUCAGAAACUCAUGCAAACACGUCAGCAGACCAACAAGUCUUCAUACUAUCCCUGCUCAUAUUGAGAAGGCCGUUCGAUGUGCAAUGUAUGGAAGACCUGGAGCAGUUUAUGUUGAUCUCCCAGGAAAUCUUGUGUUGACAAGCACAGAAGAAGAAAUUCAAUUCCCAGAAGCUGUCCCACUUCCACCACCAGUUUCAAUCCCCCCAAUUGCUGAAAUUGAGAAGGCAAUCAAUACAUUGAAGAGUGCUAAGAAGCCAUUGGUUAUUGUUGGAAAAGGAGCUGCUUGGUCUGAGCGUGGAGCUACUCAAGUUCAACAAUUUUUGACAAAAUCCAAGCUUCCAUGGCUUGCUACUCCUGGAGGAAAGGGAGUUGCUUCUGAUCUUCAUCCAAGAUUCAUCGGUCAAGCUAGAUCAUUGGCUCUCAGAGAAGCCGAUACAGUCUUCCUGAUUGGUGCCCGCUUCAACUGGAUUCUUCAUUUCGGACUUCCACCACGCUUCCAAAAAGAUGUGAAGGUAGUUCAAAUUGAUAUCUGCCCAGAGGAGUUCCAUCAAAACGUCAAAACUGAAGUUCCACUCUUGGGAGACAUUGGAGAGACUUUGGCUGAAAUGACACCAAGACUCGGGGAGUGGGCAUAUGAGGAAUCAACUGAAUGGUUCAAGAAACUCAGAGAUAAUGCCGAGAAAAACAGAAACGCUGUUGAGAAGCUUGUUGAUGAUCAUUCGACUCCACUAAAUUACUAUGCUGCUUACCAACCAAUUCGUGAAUUCCUUGCCAACAACGACGUCAUCGUGGUUAACGAAGGAGCUAAUACAAUGGAUAUUGGACGUACCAUGAUGCCAUCUCGUCUUCCAAAACGUCGUCUUGAUGCUGGAACUUUCGGAACUAUGGGAGUUGGACAAGGAUUCGCAUUAGCAGCUGCUCUCUGGGCCAGAGAUCACUCUCCAAAAACUAAAGUUCUCGUUGUUCAAGGAGACAGUGCAUUCGGUUUCUCUGCUAUGGAACUCGAGACGAUUGCCAGAUACAAUCUUCCAGUUGUCACUGUUGUCAUCAACAACUCUGGAAUCUACCGUGGACUUCUUCCAGAAGAUGAUAAGGCUAUCGAAGGAGACCGUACUCUUGCGCUUCCAGUUCUCUCACUUACUGCUGAAUGCCGUUACGAGCAGAUGUGUCAAGCAUUCGGAGGGGAAGGAACCGUUGUCAGAACUGUGCCAGAAAUCAAGGCUGCCCUUGAGAAGGCUUACCAAAAGACUGAUGGACCAACUGUAAUCAACGCUCUUAUCUCAACUGAUUCCGAGAGGAAACCACAAGCCGAUCAUUGGUUGACUCGCUCCAAAAUGUAA